UCCCUUGUUUCUUUUUGUUUUCUUUAACCUGCAAAAGAAGACCCCUCUUUUUCAGCUAUUCUCUCUCUCAAUCUCCAUUCCAAAAGCCUUCACUUUAAGCAAACCCUCACAGACCCAUAAACCCAAAACCAAAUCACUUUCCUUCUUCAAUUUCUUCACCAUUUUCAUCUUCAACUUCUCUCCGAACUCCCAAUCGUCCACCCAUCAAUGUGGCGGCAGCGGAGUCAAUCAACGGUCAGGAUUCGCGAUACUUCCUCUUCUUCUUCCUCUACUUCCUCCCCUUUCUCAUUUCCCACUUUCAAAGAUAUUCAGCACCUUUGCUCCGACGAUCCCUCUCCACCCACCAAAAAGUCCUCCAUUUUCCAUCGCGUUCGUGUCGCCACCUCAAUCAUCCGCUCCUUUUCUGCGGCUCGUCCUCUCACCCACUCCCAAUCCACCACACAGACACAGCUCGGAUAUGAAGCCGAAGUCGUUUCCUCACCUGUUAGUAAAACAACACCGCUCCAACUACCGCAACCGGAAUGUCAAGAGCCCCCGCCGUUGAUCUCAAUCCCGGGUGCUGAUAAACGGAUUGUCGUUUACUCUACAAGCCUACGCAUAGUUCGCUCGACAUUUGAAGAUUGCCGGACCGUCCAAUCUAUUCUCCAAGGAUUUCGUGUCUCGAUCGACGAACGAGAUCUCUCCAUGGAUUCAAGAUUCCUAAAGGAGCUACAGCAGAUCUUUGGCGGCGGUCAAACUACGUUGACUUUGCCUAGGGUCUUUAUCGGUGGGAGAUAUGUAGGAGGUGCGGAGGAGAUUAGGCAGUUGCACGAGGCAGGCGAGCUCAAGAAGUUCGUGGAAGGUUUGCCCGCAGCGGAACCUGGUGUCUGCGACACGUGUAGCGGUUACAGAUUCAUUUUGUGCCACGACUGUAACGGUAGUCACAAAAUGUACACAGAGAAAUCUGGGUUUAAGAGCUGCGCCGCUUGCAACGAGAACGGUCUCAUAAGGUGCCCUUCUUGUUCCUGUGCGCCUCUCUGAUCCCACUGAUCUGUUAAUUUUUUGUUGAGAAAAAGAAAGAAGAGAAUUUAUAUUUUUUUUAAUAAAUUUCUGGGCUAUUGUUAUUUUCUU